CGCUCCCCUCGGCUGCACUCCGAGGAGGAACCCGGUGCUCCCCGUCUGUUCGCUACCCCAAGAUGGAGGUCUGCAGAUGGCACAGCUAGUGUUUAGGAGUCACCGCGAACCUCCGUGUGUGGCUUUAAUGGCGCUUUUGUCUGGACCGAAGUGAUUUUUUCCCCCUCUGUCUUUUUGCCCUUUUCGGGAAGGAACUAUACUUUGGAGAUACUACGCUGCCGGUUUUGGUUACGGCAGUCAUGAGCUCCGGCGAAGGAGCGGAGGAGACCGAGAGGGAUGGCACCGACAUAGCGCCGUUCUUCAAGACCGAUGGAUCCCUCCCGAAAGAGCCAAAAGGAGAUGUAUCAAGUCAGAUACCAGGUUUCAAGAGAAAUGAAGAGAUGAGAGCAAUGGAGGUGCUUCCCAUCCUCAAAGAAAAAGUUGCUUUUUUAUCAGGUGGUAGAGACAAGCGCGGCGGCCCAGUCUUAACAUUUCCCUCACGCAGUAACCAUGACAGAAUACGACAGGACGACCUGAGGAGACUGAUCGCCUACCUCGCCGGCAUCCCCAGCGAGGAGGUGUGCAAACAUGGCUUCACGGUCAUUGUGGACAUGCGCGGCUCCAAGUGGGACAGCAUCAAGCCUCUGCUGAAGAUCCUGCAGGAGUCCUUUCCGUCCUGCAUCCACAUCGCCCUCAUCAUCAAACCGGACAACUUCUGGCAGAAACAGAGGACCAACUUUGGCAGCUCCAAGUUUGAAUUUGAGACCACCAUGGUGUCAUUAGAGGGACUGACAAAGGUUGUGGACCCCUCUCAGCUAACGGCAGACUUUGAUGGCAGCUUGGACUACAACCACGAAGAAUGGAUAGAGGUCCGGGUGGCUUUUGAGGAGUUCUCUGGUCAUGCCACACAGAUGUUGGCUCGUCUAGAAGAAAUACAGGAAACUGUGUCAAGGAAAGACUUCCCCCAAGACCUAGAAGGUGCCAGGAGGAUGAUUGAGGAGCAUGCCACGCUGAAGAAGAAAGUCAUAAAAGCCCCUAUAGAGGAACUGGAUACUGAGGGACAGAGGUUGCUCCAGCGUAUCCAGUGCGGUGAGUCAUUCUCCAACCGUAAUGGCAGCAGUGGCGGGAGUGGCGGCAGCAGCAGUAGCAGUGGUGGGGUUUGUAAUGCUGAUACCCAGGGCCUGGUCCCAAGGAUCACCCAGCUGCUGGACAAGUUGCAUUCCACUCGACAGCAUCUCCACCAGACCUGGCAUGUCCGCAAACUCCAGUUGGAUCAGUGCUUCCAGCUCCGCCUCUUUGAACAGGAUGCAGAGAAGAUGUUUGACUGGAUCAUGCACAAUAAGGGCUUGUUUCUGGCAGGCUACACAGAAAUUGGCAACAACCACCCCCACGCCGUUGAACUGCAAACCCAGCACAGCCACUUUGCUAUGAACUGCAUGAACGUGUAUGUGAAUAUCAACCGCAUCAUGUCAGUGGGGAACAGACUACUGGAGUCGGGUCACUAUGCCUCUCAGCAGAUUAAGCAGAUCUCAGGCCAGCUGGAGCAACAGUGGAAAGCCUUUGCAGCAGCACUGGACGAGCGUAGCACGUUGUUGGAGAUGUCGGCCAGCUUCCACCAGAAAUGUGACCAGUACAUGAGCAACGUGGACUCGUGGUGCAAGGCCUGCGGUGAGGUGGAUUUACCCUCUGAGCUGCAAGACCUGGAAGACGCCAUCCACCAUCACCAAGGCCUGUAUGAACACAUCACUUCAGCAUACUCUGAGGUGAGCCAAGAUGGCAAAGCCUUGUUGGACAAAUUGCAGCGACCUUUGACCCCAGGCAGUGCGGAUUCUCUGACAGCAUCAGCGAACUACUCCAAAGCGGUGCGGCACGUCCUGGACAUUAUCCACGAAGUGCUGCAUCACCAGCGGCAGCUGGAAAACAUCUGGCAGCACCGCAAAGUUCGACUACACCAGCGUCUGCAGCUCUGUGUCUUUCAGCAGGAUGUUCAGCAGGUGCUGGACUGGAUUGAAAACCACGGUGAGGCCUUCCUCAGCAAGCACACAGGUGUGGGAAAAUCCCUCCAUCGAGCCCGCGCGCUUCAGAAACGCCACGAAGACUUUGAGGAAGUGGCACAGAAUACGUACACCAAUGCUGACAAGCUGCUGGAAGCAGCGGAGCAGUUGGCCCAGACGGGCGAGUGCGACCCAGAGGAGAUCUACCAGGCCGCCCACCAGCUCGAAGACAGAAUCCAAGACUUCGUCCGCCGUGUGGAGCAGCGGAAAGUCCUGCUGGACAUGUCUGUCGCGUUUCACACACAUGUCAAAGAGCUUUGGACGUGGCUGGAGGAGCUACAGAAGGAGCUGCUGGACGACGUUUACGCCGAGUCGGUGGAGGCUGUCCAGGAUCUCAUUAAGCGCUUCGGCCAGCAGCAGCAGACCACGCUGCAGGUCACGGUCAACGUCAUCAAGGAAGGAGAAGAUCUCAUCCAGCAGCUCAGGGACUCGGCCAUCUCCAGCAACAAGACGCCCCACAACAGCUCCAUCAACCACAUCGAGAGCGUUCUGCAGCAGCUGGACGAGGCCCAGGCUCAGAUGGAGGAACUUUUUCAGGAGAGGAAGAUCAAACUGGAGCUCUUCCUCCAGCUCCGCAUCUUUGAAAGGGAUGCCAUUGAUAUCAUCUCUGACUUGGAGUCAUGGAACGAGGAGCUGACGGGUCAGAUGAAGGAUUUUGACACAGAGGACUUGACGGUGGCCGAGCAGAGGUUGCAGCACCACGCUGACAAAGCCCUGACCAUGAACAACCUCACCUUUGACGUCAUCCACCAGGGACAGGAGCUGCUACAAUAUGUCAAUGAAGUUCAGGCCUCUGGCGUAGAGCUGCUGUGUGACAGAGAUGUUGACAUGGCAACACGGGUUCAAGACCUGCUGGAGUUCCUUCAUGAAAAGCAGCAAGAGCUGGACUUGGCAGCCGAGCAGCACCGCAGGCACCUGGAGCAGUGUGUCCAACUGAGACACCUGCAGGCUGAGGUCAAACAGGUUCUAGGUUGGAUUCGUAAUGGGGAGUCGAUGUUAAAUGCCGGUCUAAUCACAGCCAGCUCCCUUCAGGAAGCUGAGCAGCUCCAGAGAGAACAUGAGCAGUUUCAGCACGCUAUUGAGAAAACCCACCAGAGCGCCCUGCAGGUUCAGCAGAAGGCAGAGGCUCUGCUCCAGGGCAACCACUACGACAUGGACCUGAUCAGAGACUGUGCUGAGAGUGUGGCGUCCCACUGGCAGCAGCUCAUGCUGAAGAUGGAGGACCGCCUCAAACUGGUGAACGCCUCUGUGGCCUUCUACAAGACCUCUGAACAGGUUUGCAGUGUGUUGGAAAGUCUGGAGCAGGAGUACAAGAGAGAGGAGGACUGGUGCGGAGGAGCUGACAAAUUGGGACCCAACUCUGAAACGGAUCAUGUCAGCCCCAUGAUCAGUAAGCAUCUGGAGCAAAAAGAGGCCUUCCUCAAGGCGUGCACGCUGGCCAGACGAAACGCAGACGUCUUCCUCAAAUACCUGCAUAGGAACAGCGUCAACAUGCCCGGGAUGCUGAGCCACAUCAAAGCGCCAGAGCAGCAGGUUAAGAACAUAUUGAAUGAGCUGCUGCAGAGGGAAAACAGAGUUCUGCACUUCUGGACCAUGAGGAAGCGACGGUUGGACCAGUGUCAGCAGUAUGUGGUGUUUGAGCGCAGUGCCAAACAGGCUUUGGAGUGGAUUCACGACACUGGUGAGUUUUAUCUGUCUACACACACCUCCACUGGCUCAACAAUCCACCACACGCAAGAGCUGCUGAAGGAGCACGAGGACUUCCACAUCACAGCCAAGCAAACCAAAGAGCGAGUGAAGCUGCUGAUCCAGCUGGCUGAUGGGUUCUGUGACAAAGGCCACAGUCACGCAGCAGAGAUCAAAAAGUGGGUAACGGCUGUCGACAAGCGCUACCGUGACUUCUCCCUGCGCAUGGACAAGUACCGCUGCAGUUUGGAGAAAGCUUUGGGCAUCUCAUCCGACUCUAACAAAGCAAGUAAAGAUCUCCAACUGGACAUCAUCCCAGCCACAGCUCCAGGGUCAGAGGUCAAGCUAAGGGAUGCUGCUCAUGAGCUCAAUGAGGAGAAGCGCAAGUCUGCACGCAGAAAGGAAUUCAUCAUGGCUGAGUUGAUUCAGACAGAAAAGGCUUACGUGCGAGACCUGCGGGAGUGUAUGGAUACCUACCUGUGGGAGAUGACAAGUGGUGUGGAAGAAAUUCCUCCAGGAAUCAUCAACAAGGAGCACAUCAUCUUUGGAAACAUGCAGGACCUCUAUGAAUUCCAUCAUAACAUUUUUCUUAAAGAGCUGGAGAAAUACGAGCAACUGCCAGAGGAUGUUGGCCAUUGCUUUGUUACAUGGGAUGAUAAAUUCCAGAUGUAUGUGAACUACUGCAAGAACAAACCUGAUUCCACGCAGCUCAUCUUGGAGCACGCCGGAAACUACUUUGAUGAGAUCCAGCAGAGGCACAGACUGGCUAACUCCAUCUCUUCCUACUUGAUUAAACCCGUGCAGAGAAUCACCAAGUACCAGCUCCUGCUAAAGGAGCUGUUGACCUGCUGCGAAGAGGGUAAAGGAGAGAUCAAGGAUGGCCUGGAGGUGAUGCUCAGUGUUCCCAAAAAAGCCAACGAUGCCAUGCACCUUUCAAUGUUGGAAGGUUUUGAUGAAAACAUUGAAUCCCAGGGCGAGCUGAUUCUCCAGGACUCCUUCCAGGUUUGGGAUCCGAAGACACUGAUCCGAAAGGGCCGAGAGCGCCACCUCUUCCUGUUUGAGAUGUCUCUAGUUUUCAGCAAGGAGGUCAAAGACUCAAACGGCCGCAGUAAAUACAUCUACAAGAGCAAACUGUUUACCUCAGAGUUGGGGGUGACUGAGCACGUCGAGGGAGACCCAUGUAAGUUCGCUCUUUGGGUGGGACGCACCCCAACAUCCGACAACAAGAUUGUACUCAAGGCGUCGAACAUUGAGAACAAGCAGGACUGGAUCAAACACAUAAGAGAAGUGAUCCAGGAGCGCACCAUUCACCUGAGAGGAGCCCUGAAGGAGCCGAUCCAUAUCCCCAAAACAACCGCCGUCAAGCACCACAAGGGCCGAAGGGAUGGAGAGGAUCUGGACAGUCAGGGUGAAGGGAGCAGCCAGCCAGACACCAUCUCUCUGGCAUCACGCACUUCACAGAACACACUGGACAGUGACAAGCUCUCUGGUGGCUGUGAGUUGACUGUGGUGAUUCAUGACUUCACGGCCAGCAACAGCAACGAGCUGACAGUGCGGCGCGGCCAAACAGUGGAGGUUCUAGAGCGUUGCCACGACAAGCCAGACUGGUGCCUGGUCAGGACCACAGACCGCUCUCCUGCCCAGGAGGGCUUGGUGCCCUGCUCCACCCUCUGCAUCGCCCAUUCCCGAUCCUCCAUGGAGAUGGAGGGAAUCUUCAACCACAAAGAUACCCUGUCGGUGUGCAGCAACGACUCCAUCAUGGCCGGCUCGUCCACAACACUUCAGCCAGGUCACAGCAUCAGCUCUCACAACUCACCAGGACCAAAACGACCAGGUAACACCUUGCGGAAGUGGCUCACCAGCCCUGUGCGCCGACUCAGCAGUGGGAAGGCGGACGGCCACGUGAAGAAACUGGCUCACAAGCACAAGAAGAGCCGUGAGGUGAGGAAGAGCGGCGAGAUAACAAUCGGGUCCCAGAAAGACUCAGACGACAGCGCGGCCACACCUCAGGAUGAGACCGUGGAGGAGCGGGUUCGUAACGAGGGCCUGUCGAGCGGCACGCUGUCCAAGUCCAGUUCUUCGGGCAUGCAGAGUUGUGGUGAGGAGGAAGGCGAGGAAGGUGCCGAUGCUGUUCCUCUGCCUCCCCCCAUGGCCAUCCAGCAGCACAGUCUGCUGCAGCCAGACUCACAGGAUGACAAGACCGCAUCUCGUUUAUCUGUCCGCCCGUCAAGUUCAGAGACGCCCAGUGCUGCUGAGUUGGUGAGCGCCAUCGAGGAGCUGGUCAAAAGCAAGAUGGCUCUGGAGGACAGACCCAGCUCUCUGUCAGUGGAACAAGGAGACAGCAGCUCUCCAUCUUACCCAUCUGACAACUCCCUCCUCUCCUCCUCCUCCCUGGAUGACAUGGAUGAACGCCGGACCAUCCUCCUGAAGAAAAGACAGUCCAUCCUGUUGGAGCUGGUGGGAGACAGAAAGAGAUUACGUCAAGACCUCAGUCUGGUGGUGGAGGGCUACAUGAGCAGGAUGAAGGAGGAGGGCGUCCCUGAUGAUAUGAAGGGGAAAGACAAAAUCGUGUUUGGUAACAUCCAUCAAAUCUACGACUGGCACAAAGAUUUCUUCUUUGGGGAGCUGGAGAAAUGUUUGGAUGACCCUGACAGACUGGGACCACUCUUUCUUAAACAGGAACGGAGACUCAACAUGUACGUGGUCUACUGUCAAAAUAAGCCCAAGUCUGAGCACAUUGUCUCAGAGUACCUUGACACCUACUUUGAGGACUUGAAGCAGCGACUGGGUCACAGGCUGCAGAUCACUGACCUGCUCGUCAGGCCGGUCCCAAGGAUAAUGAAGUACCAGCUGCUGCUCAAGGGUUUCCUCAAGCAAUCUAAAAAGGCGGGGCUGGAGUCUGUGGAGUUGGAGAAAGCAGUGGAGGUCAUGUGCAUUUUGGCUAAAAGGUGCAACGAUAUGAUGAACGUUGGCCGGCUUCAGGGAUUUGAAGGGAAGAUUGUGGCUCAGGGACGUCUUUUGCUGCAGGACACAUUCAUGGUGUCCGACCCCGAGUGCAGCCUGCUGGGCCGGAUGAAGGAGAGGAGAGUCUUCCUCUUUGAGCAGCUGGUCAUCUUCAGUGAGCCACUGGACAAGAAGAAAGGUUUCUCCUUACCAGGCUUCCUCUAUAAAAACAGCAUCAAGGUCAGCUGUUUGGGUCUGGAAGAGAAUGUGGAAGGUGAUCCCUGCAAAUUUAUGAUCACUUCCCGCUCGAGCAGUGGCACCGUGGAAUCCUUUGUGCUUCACUCCUCCCACCCAGGUGUGCGUGAGGUCUGGACCCUUCAGAUCAGUCAGAUUCUGGAGAGCCAACGCAACUUCCUCAAUGCUCUAACGUCACCAGUUGACUAUCAGAGGAACCAUGUAGGUGGCAGCACUGGGCAUUGUACGCCCAGCAUGGGUGUUCCAAGUGGUCAUAGUGUGUCUUGUGCAACCCUUGGAAGUGGAGGACCCCAGGGGAGCUCCAUUCCUACAGGUCCCCAAGGAGGUUCUCGUCGACCCUCUAGGAUCCCCCAGCCCUCCCGCUUGCCCAGCCCCUACGGCAAUCACCCCGGAGCCAACAUGGACGGCCCCAACAAGAUGACAGAGUGAAAGUAGCAGCAGCAGUAGCGUAUCCACCAUGUUGGUGACCCAGGACUAUAUGGCCGUGAAAGAGGAUGAGAUCAGUGUCAUUCAGGGUGAAGUUGUCCAGAUUCUGGCCAGCAAUCAGCAAAA